UCAUGCUUUGAGUUCUUCCAUGUGCUGCUACAUAAAUAACCCUAAUACAAAAUCUAAAUAAAAAAUUACAAGGGAAGAGAUGUUGGAAGAACCCUAGCUUUGACCUACCUUUAGCUCUCUAUAAAACCCUACUUACCCUUUCUCUUCUUUCCCUCUUUGGGUGUUUUCAUUGCAUAUCAAAAACAUAUAAGCAAGGAAAAAGAAAAAAAGAAAAAAAGAAAGAAACAUGGUCCCCAUAAGAAUCACAAGCUUGCUACUAGGGUUUUUGCUGGGUUUUGUCAGUGUAAGUGACUCCAUUGCAAAUGCUCAACAAGAUGCUAUCUGGCCAGACAGUAAGGCUGAUGGAAACCGGUUAGUGGCGGCGGCCACAGGUGGUGUGGUGGUCGUUGAUCAGCAGGUACAUUCAGAACACGAUGCCGCCACGGUCCAUGUUGGAAAGAAAUCGAUCAAAGGAAGAAAAAUGAUGAAGUUGUUGAAGAAGGAUGAAGCUAUUAAAGAGGAAGGUGUUAAUGGAGGGGCUCCAAAGAUGAAUUCAGGCAAGGGUAAGGAUGCUUUGAAGAAGCUGUUUGGGAGAUCACAAAUGGGGAAGAAUGAACAGAAUUGUGGCAGCAAGAUGAAGCCAAUGGCAUUGCACUCCGUCGACAUCGAAAUCGCUAAGACCACCUCAAACACCGAUUCAACUCACGGCGGUAAAUCAGAAUCUUCAUCGAGAUCAUCCAUCUCUCAAGAACCCAAUAUUGAUCAUGUUGAGACAGUUGAACAGGGGAAGCUCCUCAAAGCCGCCAUUGAAACCAUGAACAUGUUGACUAAGGAUUAUUCACAGAGGCCGCAUCGCAAGCCUCCGAUCAAUAACGUUCAUCCUUUGAGUGGCAAAAUGGCUAAUCCUUAA